AUGAGCGACCUCGAACGACCAAAGCCCGUCGGGCGUAAGCGGCGCAGAGUCACGCAACUUCUCGUGCUCGUCGCCGCGUGCUACGUCUCGUACUGGUUCGUCUGGCCCUACAUACGCAUGGCGCACAGGCUGGGCGUCGUCGGGAUGUUUUCGGUCCCAAAAUCUCAGUGCCUUACCCAGCCGGGUUUCAAGGCGGUGGACAGGUCCCCGAAGCGCUCACCGCUCCUCAUCGCCGACCAUCUCAUCCCUUACACCAAGGGGAAGGUGAUCUUUGAGGUUGGCACACGGAACGGCGACAUCUUGGCCUGCGUCAACCCGCACGCCAAGAAGGCUUACUCGGCUGAGAUCGAUGCCACCUACUGCGUCAAGCUCGAGGAGAGGGGUCUGACGGUCCUGUGCGACGACUUUAGGAAGUUCUCGCCCAGCGCACUGCCCGGACUUCCCGAGGGCGAGGUUCCGGACGUUUUCUUCUGGUGGCCGAUGAUGGCGGACACCCAGAACGAGGAGUGGAUGCUUCACAUCCGAGACGCCCUCUGGAAACAGGACCUCGGCGCGGGCAAGCGGGUCAUCAUCGCGUUCGACCACAACUGGCCUCGGGACAGGCGCAACCUGCAGUACAUGUGGAACAAAUACGGCGUGGACAUGAACGGCGAGAAGCACGAGGUCAAAUAUGCGGAGAACAGGCACUGGAGGGCGAGCGGGACCUUCACCUUGCUCCAUCUCAAACUGGAUCCACCCCGCGUCAGCACCGGUUCCAUCCACGCGUCCAAGGGGAAGUUCGGGGAGGUCAAGAAGGCGGAGGAGUGA